UAGAACUGGCAAUCUGAUCUUUGAUUGUCCUGGGUGACAGCUGACGCCUGGUGGAGCAAUGGCUGAUUAUAGGUUAUGUAGACCUGCCGUCGUAGUGCUUGUGUCGUGAGUGCGUAUGAUGGGCUGCGAGGGGGUCAAAUGUCUCGUAAAGGAGUCGCACCUGGUGGCAGUAAGUCGAAGAAGAUACCACGAAUAUUUCAACAUCGCCGAAGCGCGAGUCCAACCCGAUACCCAGGCUCCUCGACGAACGUCGUCGCCGUCGAACAAGUAUCCGAUGGCAUACAUACAUUUGAAUAUGAGUUUGCCACAUCCGAAUACCAGAAAAAAGCAACCAAAAAGAAAGCAAAGCUCGCCAAGGCAAGCAGCACGGACAAGUCAAAUGUCAGCAUCGCCAAACCGUCGACUACCAACAACAACUUCUAUGCGGAAUGUCACGCUGAGGAUGCAGAGACCGUAGCCAGUAUUGAAAAAUGGCUGAAAACUCGAACCGAGUCAAUAUCCAGCAUGGACUUAGACGUGAUAAAGUCAGAAGUCGAGGAAGCAUCAGGCAACGAUCAUCGUUAUCUCACCGAUGAGAUGUCGCACGCUUUCCUCGAUAAAGAUCAGGACGUUCUUUCGAUGGACAUGGAUUUGUCCGAUAAGAAAUUGGUCCUGGGCUAUGAUCCUCUAUUGCAGGACUUGCGCAGUGAUAAGCUUUUAGAAACAUGCGAAAAGGACGAGUUUAUCCUGCCUGCUUUUCAACUAGACCAUCUGGAGCCCCUCACUUUAACUCCCGACGACAUGAUGGUAGCAGGGGAGAUUUUACCCUCUGCCAAUAGUCAAUCUGUGUUGAGCAACCCUGGAAUCUGUCUUAAUACAACAGCCAUGUCAACCCAAGAAUUAAUCUAUGGUAAAACUCAAAGUGAUAAAGAGUUACAUCCAAAGGAUCGGAGAAAAAGUACGACUUGCUCAGACGCCGAGACGGGUGGGUUAAAGCGAGUUGUAAAUGUCUAUGUCGAGGCAGUGGGACAUGUGAACGUGGAGACCAGUUCUGCAGAAACAUUAGGAAACGCUAUGAUCGAGGCAGACGAGUGCAGCGAAAUAAAAACGAAAUUAAAAACCAAACUGAAGCCCAGGAUCAUAAAGAAGCGGAGUAAACCUUCUCCUAAGAGUGACAACGGUUCAUCAUUCAGGGUUUUGAGAACAGAGGAACAGCCCAGAACAAGUGAAGGCAUAAUGGCUGUGGUAGCGAUAUCAACAGACAAGAUAUCAAACAUGACGCAAAUCGUAAUCAACACAGGCAAAGAGGAGCAAAUAUAUCAAGGCAAAACUUCUGAGCUGAUCGAGGCUACAGGUAGUUUUCCGCAGUUGUCCAGAAUCCAGAAUUCGUGCCAUGAAAAUCAUGUCUCUGAUCUCAUCGCCGACGGAUCGAAUACCAAUGAACACGAUCUUGUGAUAUCCAAUGCUUUGGAGGAACUCGGCAUCACUGAUGAUACCCUUGAGCCCAUUUUGUCAACUGAGCAUGGAAAGAUCUGGGUUUGCCCCAAAGAGGAUUGCAGAAGACACUUCAACAGACUUUAUGCCCUGAAGGGCCAUGUCUUGUCUCACUAUGGGGUCAGGCCAUUUAAGUGCGACUUCAAGGGAUGUGCAUGGGCAUUUUAUUCAGAGUUCAAGUUGAAACGACACAAGGAAACACACCUGAAGCGUAAGGACUAUAUUUGCGAGGUGGAUAAUUGCGGAAGGAGGUUCACAACUGUUUACAACUUACUGACACACAAAAAGCUGCAUAAUCGACCCAGCAAGGUAUUUUGUCACGUGCCAAAUUGUCAGGAAAGGUUCCAAACCAAACGAGCAUUGGAGCUUCAUAUGAAGUCCCACGACCAAAGCCACGCGCCUUACGUUUGCAAGCAAGAAGGCUGUGGAAAAAGGUAUUACAGCAGCAAUGCGCUCACCAGCCAUCAGCGAUGUCACAGUUAUAAAGAAAUUGACAUAAAAUGCUCGUGGCCUGGCUGUGGCAAACUUUUCGACAAGCCGUGCAGACUGAAGGCACACAUUAGAUCACAUACUGGGUAUAAGCCUUAUCCGUGUACCUUCCAAGGCUGCAACUGGGCGUUCUCAUCAUCGAGUAAGCUUAAGCGGCAUCAAAAAAAGCACACCAAUGAGAGGAAGUUCAUAUGCGACGUUUCAUCAUGCGGAAAAGCAUUCAUGAGGUCUGAACAUCUCAAGGAACACAGACUAACGCAUAAAGAUGGCAGAUGCUUUCAGUGCCAUAUGUGCGAUGCUAAAUUCUCAGCUAAAAGCAGUCUCUAUGUUCACAUCAAGAAACACCAGACCCAAGAUGUGGCUUCAUCUUUGCAAAAUACAAUGCUUAUUGAUCAGCAAGUAUAUUCGGUGGAAAAUGAGGCUAAUGAAACGAGUUUGAACGAAGAUUAUAUAACUAAUAUCGAAUGUUCUGAUAUUAUUGAGACGCAAGAAAACUCACAUAGCCUUGACCUUGAUCUAGAUCUUGAUCCCAUCAUCGUCGAUACUCCCCUGACAAGCACAGGUCAGUGUGUAUCGAGUAAUAAAUCUGGAGGUGUAAGUAACAACGGGAGCCAUCAGGAUACAGACAGAAUAGCUUACUUUUGCCCGAUGGAAGCCUGCUCAAAGGCAUAUGCAGCAAAAUCAGCACUCAGAGCACAUGUGAACAGGAUUCAUGGAAUGAAGAAUGGAGAUCAGAAGGUUUUGCAAAUCCCUGGUGAAGAGGAAUGUGCGGCAGCAUCCUCCAGUGUAGAUUAUGUGACAUACACUACUUCGCAGUCAAUAUCUACCGAUCAUAUGAUAAUGAUUGCUCCACACGAAGCCCUGGUGGUUAACUCGCCAGAGUUGGAAUCUCCUACGUUUAAUUCCAUGCUGAAAUUAUCCGAAUCUAACUGUCAAGACGCGGCACAGUCUAUUGAAGAACCAGCAGAUGAGCAACAUGACAUGAUCGAUGAGAAUCAUGAAGGGUCGGCAAGGACUGAUCUGACCUAUAGCGAUUUUAUCAGAUUCAAAGCUAACAGCACUAUUUUUAACUCCGUUGUUGGUGCUACUGACGUCGUUCUUGGGGCCGGUGGUCUUGUCGAGGGUCUACUUCUUCCUGAUGACUUACCCUCUGUUUAUUACCAAGACGACAUUGCGGGGACUGAGUGUCAGGUGUUGCUAUUGGAUUCAGGACCUCCUGAGAGCACCAUAAACCUUCGCGAUCUCGAAUGAGGGCUUUGAAAAUAAUAAUGGGAGAUAUGGAAGACAGAAUGAAUUUGCCGAUACCACCGAAUGCGUUAAUUAUACAUACAUAUAAUGAUAAUGGAAAUAAUGAUGUUUGAUCAUUGAUUAAUCCUACAGACUGGGAAAUCGACUUGUUCUCUUGGGUUUUGAUCGGUAUCCGUACAGAAUCUACUGUAUCAGGCCUGAUCAUCAAGAGAACAUGUUAUUUUAUUAAUAAAAAUUGUUGAUAUUUUUUCACAAA